UGGCGAUAGUCUCAACUAUAUUAUUCAUAUGAUAGAGUAUGUACUAGUUACAUAAUCUAUAAAGUAUAAAGUAGUGGUUGCGUUGAACUUCAUAAGCUGAGUGCUCUAUACUUGUGACAAAUCCAAGUAACCUGAUAGGUUAUCAAGAAUCUUGACACUACUUGCCAGCUGGUAUCUUUCAAUUCGUAGCUUCGUGCCGGGCCGUCUAAUAACAAAUCGACGUCAUGGAUAUCGUCGGGUUUAUAGUUAUGAAUCUCCAAAAUACGUUUGUAAGCAUCGGAGUAUUAGUCGAAUCACGAACUAUAGCCACCUACUUGCCCGCCUCAUGAACCAUAUGAAUUACCUUGCAAGAACAAGACCUCUACUAGCUACCCGGAGAACAGGCACCUCGACCGCGGCUGUAAGUUAUUAGGUGCACUUGUUGCCAUCAAGGGACUCGCUGUUAACUCCGCUGUAGCUUUCCUUCACACGCAAAAUGCAGAUCCAAUCAAUUCCUAUGUGGACGGGGACGAGCGACAACUACGCCUAUCUCCUCGUCGAUGACAAGUCCAAAGAUGCCGUCAUUAUCGACCCCGCGCAUCCCGAAGAGGUUACUCCCGUCUUGAAGAAGGCUAUCCAGGAUGGCAAAAUCAAUCUCACAGCUAUCGUGAAUACACACCACCAUUGGGAUCAUGCGGGUGGAAAUGAUCAGCUUAGAAGUGAUCUAGGCACUCCGAAUCUCCCUAUCAUCGGGGGUAAGGACUGCCAGAGCGUCACACAGACCCCUGAGAACGGCAAGGUAUUCAAACUCGGGAGCAUUGAUGUCAAGGCCCUCUACACGCCGUGUCAUACGCAGGACAGCAUCUGCUGGUAUGUAAAAGACGGUGACGAUAAGGCCGUCUUCACUGGAGAUACCCUAUUCCACGCGGGUUGCGGAAGGUUCUUUGAAGGUAAUGCAAAGGAGAUGCAUACAGCCCUAAAUAAGACGCUGGCUUCCCUCCCGGAUGAUACCAAAGUCUACCCCGGUCACGAGUACACCAAGUCGAAUGUCAAGUUCGGCCUCUCGGUCCUGCAGAAUGAGGCUAUCAAGAAACUACAGGCGUUCGCGGAGAGCAACAAGGAAACCCAAGGGAAAUUUACAAUUGGCGACGAGAAGCUGCACAACGUGUUCAUGCGAGUAGAGGAUCCCGAGGUCCAGAAGGCUACCGGCAAGACGGAUCCCGUGGAGGUGAUGGAUCAGCUGCGGACUAUGAAGAAUAACUUCAAGUGAAUCGCCACCAGAUAGUAAGAUUUAAACAUGGAAUAUGUGCUUGUAUGGUCACGGAAGCAUGUACACCUUACGUCCACAAGUAGAACAACUGUCACUUGUAGUAUAUCUGACAAUUGAACAUAAACGUCAUGAUAUAUUACUAUUCCUAGGUCCAUAGGUAUCUAACCCAGCAAAGUAUUCAAAAGGAAAAUGUAAAUUUCUCCAGCAAGCACCAAG